AUGCCAGAGACCAUCAAGUCCGUCAAAAUCCCCGGCAUUGCAUGGGACAUCGCCGGCGACAUCUACUUCCCUCCCAACUUUGACGAGACCAAAAAACACGCAGCUGUCGUCUCAGCCCAUCCAAUCGGCUCAUGCAAAGAGCAAACUUCCGGUAAUGUAUACGGCAAGGCAAUGGCCGAAGCCGGCUUCGUGGUUGUCGCAUUCGACGCAUCUUUCCAAGGUGCCUCGGGCGGAUUACCCCGGUUCGUUGAGAACCCCGAACUGCGCGUGUCCGACUUUCGCUACGUGGUAGACCACAUCCAAACGCUUCCAUAUGUCGACGCUGAGCGGAUCGGCGUGUUGGGAGUUUGUGGUGGUGGCGGCUAUGCUUUCAACGCUACCAUGACCGACUACCGCCUCAAAUGUUGCGUCGGCAUCACAGCAGUGAACUUUGGCCGGUUGGUUCGGGAAUCCUUUGGUGGAUUUGAUCCUGUCGGUUCUCUUGAGAAAAUGGCUAAACAGCGCACCCUUGAAGCUCAGGGUGCUGAUCGUUUGGUUUCCCAAUAUCUUCCUCCGACUGUCGAUGAGGCGAAGAAGAUGACUUCGGAUCCUGAUAUCAUCGAGGCUACCGAGUACUACAAGACUAGCCGCGGUCAGAAACCUUGCGGUGCCACGAGCGGUCUAUUCUCGUUCAAUAGCGCCGCAGUUGCAUGGGAUGCUUUCAACCAUGCGGAAGUCAUCAUGACUCGUCCCUUUAUCGCUGUUGUUGGCGACAUCCCCGGCGGGUUUGGCGCGUUCCGUGACGGUCAUGAGAUUUAUGGCCGUGCUGCUUCUAAAGAGAAGGAACUCCUUGUACUUCCUGGUGUAUCGCAUUAUCAGCUCUAUGAUGAGCCAAAGGCUGUCAAGGCUGCGCUCGAGAAGGUUCUGCCAUUCCUGAAGAAGCAUCUUGGCGAUGCUAAAUAG